ACUUCCUCUGAGUACACUCAACAUUUACAAUUCUUUACUCUAGUAGAAAUAUAAGUGGACAGACAAUAUUAACUAUUAUAAAGACGUUUUAUUAUUUUAGUUAUUAAUUUAGUUGCUCGCGAAACUAAUGAUGGACAAAUUGUGGUUAUUUUUGUUAUUACAAUUGUUAUUUGUGUUAUCUGCAUCUCAAAAAACAAAUUUAGAUUCACCGAUAAAUUUAGAAACAUAUCGAAUAUUUCGUAAUUGGAUUCUCCGAAAUUUCGCUAAAAAUGAAAGAGUUCGGGCGCAGCAUGAAGGAAAACUUCAACAAGAAAUUUCGGAAGAUAUUCCAUUUCCUUGCAACGUGACAAAUGGUAAAUCUCCUAUUGUCCCUGAUUCAGUUCAUCGUUUAAGACCAGGAGAUAUAGAUGUUAUUGCUGCGAUGGGUGAUUCCUUGACAGCUGGAAUUGGAAUUUUUGCGACUAACUUAUUAGAAUUAUCUAUUGAAAAUAGAGGUGCAUCGUUUACUAUCGGUGGUGAAAAGUCUUGGCGAACGUAUCUAACAUUGCCAAAUAUUUUUAAAGAAUUCAAUCCCAGAUUAAUAGGCUAUGCACUUGGAGAUGGUCAAACUUAUGAGUCAACUUCGCAAUUGAACGUCGGUGAAAUUAACGCAAUAUCGAGAGAUAUGCCUUUCAUGGCUAAAUAUUUAAUCACUAGAAUGAAACGUGAUACAAGAAUAGAUAUAAAGAAACAUUGGAAGUUCAUUUCAUUGUUCAUAGGAGCCAAUGACUUUUGUUCUCAUAUGUGUGUACCUUCUUCUCCGUGGUCUAUUUUAGAAAAGCACAGAAUUGAUUUAAUCAAUACUUUUCGAAUAUUAAGAGAUAAUUUACCACGUACUUUGGUAUCACUUAUAAUAGCGCCCAAUUUAAAAGAAUACGUUAUUACAAGCAAAAAAAGAAAUUUAUUGAAGUGCUAUAUAGUCACUACUAUCGGAUGCUCGUGCUUAUUUGGUUUACAAUUCCAAGAUCGGAGACAGGAAUAUUAUGAAGUAAUGAGCAGAUGGCAAAAAUUGCAAGAGGAAGUUGCUAAUUAUCCAGAAUUUAAUAGAAAAGACUUUACUAUUAUUGUUUCACCAGGCAUUAGUAAUAUUAAAAUUACGCUUCCCGAAGGCGAAUCCAGUGAUCUAUCGUAUUUUUCUGCUGAUUGUUUUCAUAUAAGUCAGAAAACACAUGCAAUCUUUGCGAAUGCUUUAUGGAAUAAUUUAUUACAACCAAUUGGAAACAAAACUACUACUUUACUUCCAGUAUUUGAAACAUUUUUAUGUCCUACUUCCAAAAGACCAUAUCUAGUGACACGUGAAAAUUCUCAGAUAUAAUAAUAAAAAUUAAAAAUAAAGAUAAAUUGUGUAAAUGUAAAUUUUAUAUUAAUAUAAAUUUAUAGUAUAAUACAAAAUAUAUUAUGGCAGAGGAAUAUUUUAUA